AUGGUUGAUCGGCUCCAAGGAACAUGGAAAUCCAUUUCUUGUGAAAAUUUUGAAAGAUACAUGAAAGAGCUGGGAAUAAGACGAGCCAGCAGGAAACUUGCCUGUCUGGCAAGACCCACUGUGACCAUCAGUACACAGGAAGAUCUGAUCACUAUAAAAACCAAAAGCAUCUUUAAAAAUAAUGAGAUCUCCUUUAAACUCGGAGAAGAGUUUGAGGAAACCACACCAGGGGGCUAUAAAACCAAGAGUGUGGUAACCUUCGAUAAGGACUCUUUGAUUCAGGUUCAAGACUGGGAUGGCAAAGAGAACACCAUAAAGAGAAAGUUGGUCGAUGGGAAAAUGGUGGUGGAAAGUGCCGUGAACAAUGUUAUCUGCACUCGGAUGUACGAGAGAGUACCAACAAACUCAGUCUGA